AUGAGGAAAGAAGUAGAGAAAGUUGACUUUGAAAAAGUGAUUGAAGAAUUUGAGAUGAUAACAAAAGAUGCUGAGAAUGUUCAAAAGGAAACACUGAGAAAGAUUUUGGAAGAAAAUGCAUCAACUGAAUAUUUGCAAAAUUUAGGACUUAAUGGAAGAACCGACCCCGAAAGUUUCAAGGCUUGUGUUCCAUUGGUGACAUACAAAGAUUUAGAGCCUUAUAUCCAAAGAAUGGUUGAUGGUGAUGUUUCUCCUAUUCUCACUAGAAAACCAAUCACAGUUGUAUCCGUAAGUUCCGGCACUAGUCAAGGGAAUCGGAAAUUUAUUCCAUGGAAUGAUGAAAUGUUUAAAACUACAAUGCAAAUAUAUCAAACCUCUUAUGCUUUUAGGAACAGAGAUUUUCCUAUCCAAGAUGGAAAGGAUAUGAACUUUAUCUAUGGCAACAACGCACCACCAAAAAAAGGGGGCAUGACACUAGGAUCAGCCACAUCAAAUGUGUAUGGAAAUCCAGGAUACAAGAAAGCAAUGCAAGCAAUGAAAUCUCCAAGCUGCAGUCCAGAUGAUGUAAUUUUCAGUCCUGAUUUUCAGCAAUCACUCUACUGCCACAUCUUAUGUGGACUAGUUUUCAGAGAAGAAGUUCAAUCAAUUUCAUCAACAUUUGCACACAGUAUUAUCUAUGCUUUCAGAGCAUUUGAAAAAGAUUGGGAAGAACUUGUUAAUGAUAUCAAAAAAGGCGUUCUUAGCAACAAAAUCACUGUUCCAUCCAUUAGAAUCGCUAUGUCGAAAUUGCUGAAACCAAAUCCUGAACUAGCUAACUUGAUCCACAAGAAAUGCACAGGAUUAGGCAACUGGUAUGGAUUGAUACCAGAGCUUUUUCCUAAUGUUAAGUAUAUUCAAGGAAUCAUGACAGGUGCAAUGGAGCCUUAUUUGAAAAAGUUGAGACACUAUGCUGGAGAAGUUCCUUUAUUGACUUCUGAGUAUGGUUCUUCUGAAGGAUGGAUUGGUUCAAACGUGAAUCCUAAAGCAGCUCCUGAAUUUGCUACUUAUGUUGUUCUUCCUCAAAUUGCAUACUUUGAAUUCAUUCCAUUGGCACAACUUGAUGGAAAUCAAGUAGAACUUAAGGCAAUUGGCUUAACUGAUGUGAAGAUUGGUGAGGAGUAUGAGAUUGUUUUCACCAAUCCUGCAGGUUUAUACAGGUAUAGGCUAGGAGAUGUAGUAAAGGUUAUGAGGUUCCAUAACUCAACUCCAGAAAUCAAGUAUAUGCGCAGGAGUGGUCUUUUGCUUACAAUAACCACUGACAAGCAUAGUGAGACUGAUUUACAAUUGUCAGUAGAAAAUGCAUCCAAGUUUUUAGCUGAGGAGGAAAUAGAGGUGAUUGACUACACUAGCUACAUAGAUUUAUCCACAGAACCAGGACACUAUGUUAUCUUCUGGGAAAUUAGUGGUGAAACAAGUGAUCAACUGCUUGCUGAGUGUUGCAAUUGUUUGGACAAGUCUUUUAUUGAUCCAGCUUAUAUGUUUUAUAGAAAUUGCAAAGGUAUUGGUGCUCUUGAACUCCGAGUUGUUGGAAAAGGAACAUUCCAGAAGAUUCUUGAGAGCCAAGUUCAAAGAGGUGUACCUGUGAGUCAGUUCAAGACACCUAGGUGUGUUGGUCCUACAAACAUCACAAUGUUGCAAAUUUUGUUGGAAAAUGUUGUCAACAGAUAUGUUAGUACUGCUUACAAUUGA